AUGUCUAACGUGACGGGCAGAGCUGCACGUCGACGCAGACUGAUCUCGAUCUGUCUUUCCACAGCUUUGAUGCUGUUGUUGCUGACGGUAUUCAUCUUCACAGCCGGGCUUCAUCGAACGUUGCCUCCCGGCCAGAAAGUCGAUAACGGCUUGAACAGGAGGUUCAAUAGCUCCGACAUCACCAGACGCUAUCCAGGGGCUGAUGAGACGCAUGGCUCCGCGAGCGAACAUAGCAGCACCAAUUACCACGAAUGGGAAUCAAUCACGGAGGCGAAUAUUGAGACCUACGCUGAAAAAGGCCGGAACUUGCUCGAAUUGAUCGCGUCGUCCGCGGAGCAAGCGUCAGAAGCAAUGAGUCGAGCUAGGAAUCGUCGAGAAAGCUCCCAGAGUCCCUACACAAGUAAGAAAGACCUCCUCGAUAAUGGAUGGAGCUCUGAAUAUGUAGCACCAGGGUGGAAGCCAUUCACUUGGGCUGGCGAUGCUCCGAUCGAUGAGGCAUUGGAGCAAAUGCAUAUCUCGACUCAUGUCACCACCGUUGGCAGGCAUCCGCCGGCAGCCGUCUUCGCACACGGUGGCGAUGUAAAUAUGCCAGACAUGGGCUCGCAACAUCAAACGUCCCCAAGCGUCGACAUCUCCGAGGGAUCCCAUAAUCCAAACGAUGGACCAAACUUCGCCGUCAACUGGGUGCACAGCCACGAGACCAAGCAUGGGGAAUCGCAGCAAAUUUAUCAUGCAACAGGAGGAGUAUACGGGGCAGUAUACAAUGUCAAGGAUGGACUCAUCAUGGCAGCAUACAGCACGUCUCCCGAAGAUCGAAUUAUAGACUCAGAAUCGGCUGUACACCAUCUUCAUCCUGAUGCUGUGGCACCCCCACUACACUUCUGGUCAGACGUGGCGUAUAUCGAGUACCUUGAUCGGGCCAAAUCAGAAGAAGUUGAUGUGAGUCGGCUUACGUCUGUCUUCCAGGUCAAAGUCAAUAACGUCUAUACGAGACCAUUGGUACUAUUCCUCCUGCAGAAACACCUCGGGAAAGCCGUCACAGACUUCCCAAACUUGCAAAAUCGAGUAAUCUGGAGUAUGGACUCCGAGGCUGGAAGGGCUCUACUCGGGAGUCCGAAUGGUGCUGGUGUCGCAUGGCUGCUGAUACAACACAAGGAAACUCUUGGACAGAAGAGGAUCAAGAACGUGAUUGUGUACGUUGACAAGUGGCAACGAGAAGAAGCGCCGCGCUCGCAUAAUCAUCUGCCAAACUUGAUAUUUGAGCUCGAGGAUGUGCAAGCUGAAAUGGCCACUCCCAAAUCGAAGAAGCCAAAGCCAAAUACGGGCGCUGGGGUCAGCAAACCGCAGAAGAAGCCUCCAGGUGGUAGUGGUGGUCCAUCUGGCGGAUCCGGUAGUUGGACCGGAAGGUUGAGGCCACCACCACCGGCGAAAGGGUCAUGA